AUGGACUGGGUAUCUACCCAGCUCCACGCAACAUGCAAUGUGGAUCAGUCAUUUUUCAAUGACUGGUUCACUGGUCAUCUGAAUUUCCAGAUUGAACACCACCUUUUUCCCACAAUGCCUCGCCACAACUAUAGUAAAGUGGCUCCUCUUGUGAAAUCCCUCUGUGCCAAAUAUGGUGUUUCCUAUCAGAGCAAGCCCCUCCUUACAGCCUUUGGAGACAUUCCGCGAUCUCUUAAGGUCUCUGGAGAUGCCUGGCUUGAAGCAUAUCUGCAUGGAUAAACAUUUUGAGAAUGAACUCCAUCCCAAUGAAGAUGCAUCACGCACUAGAGGGCAGCUGGUGGACUAAGGAAGAAUGUGGGGUCUAGUGAGUGAAUAGGCUAAGCGAUAGCUUUGCUGGGAUGGAAUAAUUGUGAUACUUUACUUCAUCCUCUGUACAGUGUUUCCUUGAAUCUGUAUUCUGUUUGUACUAUGGCAUUUGGUGGAUAUGUGAAAGGUGAAUUAGUACCCUUGUAUUUCACUUGCUUCUAUGAGAUUGAAACUUGGCUUUUUUCU